AUGACGAAAGAUCUCCAACGAGAGGUCCGCAAGGAGAAACUGCGAACGGAACGGCUCAGACACCAAUCUCAGAGUGCGAGAGCUUCCCGGUUAAUGGUGCAAAACUGUAACGGCUACCCGCCUUUGCCGGAUAAUCAUUGGAACCCAUACUUUGUGGAUCCUAGAGAGUUUAUGAGCCAAUUUCCGUCUAACCCUCCAACCUCUCACGGACCUAUCUAUCAUCAGGUUCAACCGUCAGUGCCACCACAUCCAUCACCGUCAAACUACUUUCCCAAUCCCCACUAUCCUCAGUCAGGAAACCCACUGUACAAUGGAUUUCCUGGCCCUCAAUAUUACCCAGGAAGGAUGGGAGUGCCACAAUACGGCUAUUGA